AUGGGGCAUAUUCAGGACUUCUCCCAGGAUUCCGCCAUGGAAUACCACUGGGGGUAUGUUGCCCGCCAGGUCCCCUGCACCAAAGAUGCCGGUACCUGCGCCUAUUUGGACGCGGUUUACCACGGCCACGAUGUCAGCAUGCUCUACAGCUUCAUUCUGUGGGCGGUGGUCGUGGGAAUUUUGUUCCUGUGGGCGUUGGGGGGACGCCUCGUUCGGUUUGAUCGAUCUGUAGCCAGGACCUCGCCCAAGCCUGUCCGCCAGAGUGCUCCCUACCGUCUUUCGCGGACGAUCCAGGCGCUUGUCCGGCGACAUCUGCUCCCGGAAGCCUUGCCCUGGGUGUUUGGACAUACCACACGUCUGCAAGUCCUCAUAUUCCUGAUUAUCUCCGGGUAUCUGCUGGUAUUUACCCUGGUGGGCAUCACCUACAAGACCUGGGUCACUCCCAUUAGCGGCAGUUCGCUCAACAACACGCGCAGUGGAUUGGGUCCGUGGGCGGACCGCAUCGGUGUGCUGGCGUUCGCCCUCACGCCAUUGUCCAUCCUGCUCUCCAGUCGGGAAUCAUUGCUUUCGCUGAUUACGGGCGUUCCAUACCAUCACUUCAACUUCCUCCACCGCUGGCUGGGAUGGGUGAUCUACAUUCAGUCGGCCAUGCACACCAUCGGCUGGACCAUCGUUGAGGGGAAGCUCUACCAGCCGCAGCCCGCGCAGUGGAACAGCUUCAUCACGCAGCCGUACAUCAUCUGGGGCAUCGUGGCCAUGAUUCUGCUCUCCUUCCUGGUCUUCCACAGCACUAAGCGCGGCAUCCAGCUGACGGGCUACGAGUUCUUCCGCAAGGCCCACUAUGUAGUCGCCAUGGUCUAUGUCGGGGCUUGCUGGGCGCAUUGGUCACACCUGUACUGCUGGAUGCUGGCCUCGCUGGUAGUCUGGUUCCUGGACCGGGGGAUCCGUCUCGUUCGCGUCUUCGUGCUGCAUCAUCUGAACGUCCCGACCACGACGUCGUCCACCACCGGAGGGUUGCACAUCCCGCACGCCGCGAUUCAGUUGCACCCCAACCCGGACGAUGGCGACAUCAUCCGCCUUGACUUUCACCAUAAUCACGACUCCUGGCACAUCGGCCAGCACUUCUUCCUCUGCUUCCCGCAGUUGAGUCUGUGGCAAGCCCACCCACUCACCCCCUGCAGCGUACCAGACACCUUACCCACCGGCCAGCCGCACACCUACAUCAUCCGCGCCCGGAAGGGACUGACGCGGGAACUCGCCCACCUCGCACGCAUCUCGUCACAAGAUUCUCAACCGAGUGAUGGUGAGACCACCACGAUGACGAGCGCCGGCCCAACAACCCCAGUGAUUCUCUGUGGACCUUACGGCCAGUCCAUCAUGGAGGAAACCACAACCGCUGGAAGCAGCAACCUCCUCUGCAUUGCCGGCGGCACGGGCAUCACCUUCGUGCUUCCCCCACUUCUCCAUUUACUCAGCAACACAUCCACUUCCAGGUACCAACCGACGCAGAUCCUCGAACUCAUCUGGAUCAUCCGCCGCAAGGCCGACAUGCAAUGGAUCGCCCCGGAGCUCGACAUCCUGCAGCGCCUGGCAUCCACCCACUCGAACACGUUCAGAGUCCGCAUCUUCGUGACGCGGGAGACGGCACCAGUCCCUGAGGUCUCCGACCUCGAGAAAUCGCCAUGCUGUGAGGGGUCGAAUGCGUCGUCGGACUCUGGGGUUUCCGUGAAGUAUACCCUCUCAUCUGAAGACACUGCAGUCGCUGGGACAGCGGCAGCGGCCCAUCAUCAUCCGGACCUCAAGGACAUUGUCGAGGAUUUCCUGGACCGGGUGGUCGAUGGUCCGACGCGGGUGCUCGCCAGCGGUCCGGCGGGGAUGAUUACCACGCUGCGGACGGCGGUGGCGGGGCGGAAUCGACCGGGAAGGGUAUGGCGCGGGGAGGAACGAUGGGAUGUGCAAUUAGUGCAUGAUGACCGGGUGGAGUGGUGA